AUGAAGGGGACGUCGCAGUUGCUGGAGAGUUACAACCUCAUCUACACGCUCAGCGGGAGCAAGAAGAGCAGCAACAAGCGUCCUCUCAAGCAGGACUACAUCUCGCAGGGAGUUGACGUUGAGCUCGCUUCCUCCUCCUACUGCAGCAAGAGGAUCCCUUACUUUAUCGACGAGCAGCUCAACCCCCUGGGCGUUGGCCGCUGCACGACGGACUGUGACUGCUGUGGGUUCCGCAACUGCUCGGAGUUCGGCGUCUGUCUUGGGUCAGCUGACCUCCAGCUCAACCCUGACUGCCUCAACGUCUCCCAUCCUCCCCGAACCUUCCCCGAGCUGCCAACCUACUCUGCCGAGCACCGUCUCCCUCCCUUGCCGGACAAGAGCGUCGGACCGGACCCGAGCUACCUGCAGAGACUGGGAGGCAUCCUCGACACGGCUGGGUACGGCGUGCUCAGCAACGAGAAGGAUGUGACGUCCCCGCAAUGAGGAGAGCCUUGCUCGACCUUCAUGGCAGGGAGGUGUAGGAGAUGGAAGAUGACGAUGAAGACGAGGAUGAAGAUGUUUAUGAUCAAGUUAAUGUUAAUGAUAAUGUCUUUGUAGCGAUAGCAGUCAGCCCUGUAGAUGUUCUUUAUGUACAACAGCUCUUGUAACAUAUGCUUUCAAUGUAACCCUCAAACAU